AUUGCCUCCAAACACUGACCCCAGUUCAGUCUUGUCAAACUUCACCGUCGCUGUAGUCUCGCGUCGGUCCUUUGUGGCUACUUUCAUUCAGCCAUGGAGCGGAAAGUUGCUCGGGAAUUUAGGCAUAAGGUAGAGCUGCUGAUUGAAAAUGAAGCAGAGAAGGACUACCUGUACGAUGUCCUCCGCAUGUACCACCAGUCUAUGGAUUUACCGGUGCUGGUCGGGGACCUGAAACUGGUCAUCAAUGAACCAAAGCGCCUGCCCUUGUUUGAUGCCAUCCGACCUCUUAUCCCACUCAAACACCAAGUGGAGUAUGACCUGCUCACCCCCAAGAGGUCUAGGAAGCUCAAAGAGGUGCGCUUGGAUCGGACACAUCGUGACGGACUCGGUCUGAGCGUCCGAGGUGGGCUGGAGUUUGGCUGUGGUCUUUAUAUAUCACAGAUUGUCAAAGAUGGUCAGGCUGGGAACGCCGGCCUUCAGGUCGGUGAUGAGAUUGUGCGCAUCAAUGGGUACUCCAUCUCCAGUUGUAUCCAUGAAGAGGUGAUCAGUCUCAUCAAGACAAAGAAGAUUGUGUCGCUAAAAGUCAGACAUGUGGGAAUGAUUCCUGUGAAAAGCUCAUCAGAUGAACCCCUCAAAUGGCAGUUUGUCGACCAGUUUGUGUCUGAAUCAGGGGAGAAAAAAAGCAGUGUUGCAGGAAUGGCAUCGUUUGGAGGCAAGGAGAUCAAGGAGAAGAAGGUUUUCCUCAGCCUUGUCGGUACUAAAGGCAUGGGCAUCAGCAUCUCCAGUGGUCCCACCCAGAAACCCGGUAUCUACAUCAGUAACGUCAAAGCGGGAUCGCUCUCUGCAGAAGUUGGACUUGAGAUUGGAGACCAGAUUGUGGAGGUGAAUGGAGUGGAUUUCACCAAUGUGGACCAUAGAGAGGCUGUGAGAGUCUUGAAGAGCAGCAGGAGUCUGACCAUUACUGUUCUAACGGGUGCUGGCAGUGAGCUGUUUAUGACAGAUGAGGAGCGUCUGGCGGUGGAGGCCCGCAGGGAGCUGGACCGACAGGAGCUGAUGCAUCAGAAGAAGGUGGCACUGGAAACCAACAAGAUCAUUAAAGAGCAGCAGGAGAAGGAGAGGCAGAGAAAGACGGAGAUGUCUCAGAAAACAUUAGAGGAGGAAGAGCGUUAUAAGAAAGAGAUGGAGAAGAUUGAGGAAAUAGAGACGAAACACAAUAGAGACUGGGAAGCAGACUGGGGAACCCCAGAUAGGCCCAAGAGUCCUAAGAGUCCACGCUCUCGAAGGACUCCAUCUCCAGCCCCACCUGACAUAAAAAGAACCCCGAGUCCAAAGGCGAAGAAUUCUCCUGAUGAAAGCGGCUCUUUCACUGAAGAAGAUGAUGAUCAGGACAAACAAGGCUUUCGGAAGCACGUGGAAGAUUUUGACCCCUACUCAAUGUUCUCAGCAGAUCAGAUAGCUGGUCGAGACGUGAGGCUACUCAGAAUCAAAAAGGCUGGACAGCUUGACUUGGCUCUAGAGGGUGGAUCUGACUCCCCUCUGGGGAAAUUAGUGAUCUCAUCUGUGUAUGAAGGAGGAGCUGCAGAUAAACAUGGUGGCAUUGUAGCUGGAGAUGAACUCAUGGCUGUGAAUGGGAAGAUUCUGAUCGAUGCUACAUUAACGGAGGGUCAAAACUCUUUGGCUCGAGCUUGGAACAGUGGAGGGGACUGGAUCGAUGUGGCGAUUGCAGUGUCUCCUCCAAAAGACUAUGAGGAUGAAGUAACUUUCUUCUAGAUUCAUCAACGACCUGCCAAGAUUAAGAACCAUUUCAUCAUUGAUUUAUUCUCCCAGGAUUCACCUUCUUUUAUUCACGAUGAAAGAAUACCAGUUCAUCUUAACCAGCCUCAUACCGGACUCUGAAAAGAAACCUCUCAUCACAUCAGAGAAUCUCGAUCCCACAUCACUGUCUUGUUUUGUGAAGGAUUAGUUUGUCAAUAGUCACUUGUCUCCAAUAAUCUCCUCAGACCAGUCACGUCUGGACAUAGUCUUUCUUUAAUCUUAUUUACUUAUGUAUGGCCAUGCUUUUUUGUCUGUUUAUCUACAAAGAGCAAGUUAAAACAGAUAAUAGAGAUGGUAUGGAUUAUAUUAUCUCCUCUUCAAUGUUUAAUAAAGCAUAGCUCACACAAUUGAAUUUCCAUUGUGCAUAUAGAUUCAACGCUAUCUCUGUUUUUUUUUGUAGAUUCCUCACCUAGGUUACUGAUAAAUAAGUAUACAUAUACAUAA